GGUCCAUAUGUAUCAACUGGAUAUAAUAAUAAUAAUAAUAAUAAUGAUGAUUCAUUAUUAAUACAAACAUCACGUGGUAUGGUACGUGGACAACGUGUACGUUCAUUAAAUGGACGUUUAGUUGAUGAAUUUUUGGGAAUACCAUUUGCUAAACCACCUAUUGGUGAAUUACGUUUUAAACAUCCACUUCCAAUAGAUUUUUGGGAUGGUAUAUUCAAUGCUACACAAAAACCUAAAUCCUGUUAUCAGGUAGCUGAUCAUACAUUUGGUAUGAAUUUUUUAGGUACCAAUAUGUGGAAUGUUGAUCAGACUAACCUUGAUGAAGAUUGCCUUACAUUGAAUAUAUGGGUACCAUAUCCAAGGCCUAAAAAUUCUGCUGUAUUAGUAUGGAUAUAUGGUGGAUGUUUUUAUUCCGGUUCAAUAUCAUUAGAUUUAUAUGAUGGAAAAUUAUUCGCUACAGAAGAGAAUAUUAUAUUUGUCAGCAUUAAUUAUCGUCUUGGUAAUCUAGGUUUUCUUUAUUUUGAAAAUACCAAUGAUAUUGUUGGCAAUGCUGCUAUGUUUGAUCAGGUAAUGGCAUUACAAUGGAUACAUACAAAUAUUGAAAAAUUCGGUGGUAAUCGUCAUAAUAUAACAUUAUUUGGUGAAUCAGCCGGUGCAACUAGUAUUGCCUUUCAUCUAUUAUCACCAUUAAGUCAACAUUUAUUCAAUCAAGCCAUAUUACAAAGUGGUGCACCAACCGUACCAUGGGGUUUGGUUGAUAAGAAAAAAAUUCAUCAACGUGGCUUAAUGUUAGCAGAAUCGGUUGGUUGUCCAUAUGAUGAUCAACAAAUUGAUCGAGUACUUGAUUGUUUACGACAAACAGAUCCGGCAUUAUUAAUGCAGAAUGAAUCGACUGAUGCCAAUGGUGUUGUUGAAUUUGCAUUCACACCUAUUCUUGAUGGUGUUUUCUUGACUGAUUAUCCGGAAAAAUUGAUGCAAGAUAAACGUUUUAAAAAGACACGUUUAUUAUUAGGAAAUAAUAAAGAAGAGGGUACAUAUUUUAUUAUCUACAAAUUGAAUGAUAUAUUUAAAUUUGAAGAAGAUGUCUAUCUAACACGCGCCGAUUUCAAUAAGUCAGUCAGAUUAUUAACACCAAAUAUGCAUCCAAUAGGACAAUCAGCAAUCAUUUAUGAAUAUACUGAUUGGUUGAAUCCAGAUGAUCCAAUUAAAAAUCGUGAUGCUAUCGAUAAGAUUGUUGGUGAUUAUCAUUUUGUUUGUCAUGUGAAUAAAUUCGCCGAUCGUUAUGCAUCGGUUGGUAAUGAAGUUUAUAUGUAUUAUUUCACACAUCGUUCAACAAAAAAUCCAUGGCCAAAAUGGAUGGGUACUAUACAUGGUGAUGAGAUUCCAUUCAUAUUUGGUGAACCAUUAAAUAAAUCAAUUGGUUAUACACAUGAUGAAAUUGUUUUAAGUAAACAAAUGAUGAGAUGUUGGUCUAAUUUUGCUAAAACUGGCAAUCCAACAAUGGAUGAGAAUGGUAUAUGGUCACAAUUACAUUGGCCUUUAUAUACAGCAUAUAAAAAAGAAUAUCUUACAUUUUCAACAAAUUACAGUAUUGGACAAGGAAUACGUACCAAGCAGUGUGCCUUUUGGCAAACCUAUUUACCUCAAUUAAUGGACAAUCUAACUUUACUUGAAGAAAAGAUUCACAUGUGCCAUAAUUCGGCCAUAUCAUUAUUCAACCAACGAUUUAAUAUGAUGAUGAUGAUCAUCAUCAACAUUAUUAUUUCAACAACAACAAUCAUCACCGUUGUCGUUGAAUAUCAAGGACAAUCUAUAAAAAUAUAG